AUGGAAUCCUAUCUAUACGAGUUGAAGCAACAUAUUCAGAUCUUCAUGUCACAUCUGAUCAAAUUCACGGCUCAAUGGAUUAAUAAACCAAAAUUUCACAUGCUAUUUCACCUUCCGGAAUCCAUCGAACGAUUUGGUGUCGCACCCCUUUUUGCCACUGAGAAAUUCGAGUCCUUCAACGGUGUUCUUCGAAAUGCAUCUACACACUCCAACAAGCAAGCUCCCGGACGAGAUAUUGCCAACAGCUUUUCUAAUUAUCAGUGUUUGCGCUUUCUCUUGUCAGGGGGGAUCAUGUACAACAAAAUCACCAAGACAAUCUCCCAAUCGGUCAAUAUUGAGUGA